AUGCAUCGUAGAAUGAUGAAGUUUAUUGACAUCGGCGCUAAUAUGACUGAUCCCAUGUACAGAGGGUUAUACCGUGGCAAACAAGCCCAUGCAGAUGAUCUUGCGCUUGUUCUAAAGCGUGCACGCGAAGGAGGCGUUGAGAGGAUCAUUAUUACAGGCACUAAUCUGGAGGAAUCAAAGGAAGCCAUUGAAGCCAUUCAGAGUAGUGAUGAAGCCAGGGGAUUCCUGUACUCGACUGUUGGUUGCCAUCCCACUCGCAGCUCUGAAUUCGAAAAGCAUAAAGAUGGACCACAGGCCUAUUACGAUGAGCUCUUGAACUUGGCUACUAGCUCUAAAAGUGUUGUAGCCAUUGGUGAAUGUGGGCUCGAUUACGAUCGUCUUCAUUUCUGCGAUAAAGAGACCCAGAAGAAAUACUUUGCUGUCCAGUUUGAUCUUGCUGAAAAGACCCAAUUGCCUAUGUUUUUACAUAAUCGCAAUACGGGUAACGAUUUCUUGGAGUUGGUAAAAGCUAAUCGUCAUAAAUUCAAGCAUGGCGUAGUGCACUCAUUCACAGGUAGUCUAGAAGAGAUGCAGAUGUUGGUUGACCUGGACCUAUACAUUGGCGUCAACGGAUGUUCCAUGAAGACUGCUGAAAACCUAGAGGUAGUUAAGGCUAUUCCUCAAGAUAAGUUGGUGAUUGAAACAGAUGCUCCUUGGUGUGAUAUUCGCCCUACGCAUGCCUCCUAUGCUCAUUUAAAGAAUGUGAGUUCUGACGAAAUGAAGGUAUACUCUCCUCCUAGCAAAAAGAAGGAAAAGUUUGAAAUGGGAUGCAUGGUCAAGAGCAGAAAUGAGCCUUGUACAUUGGGCCUCGUUUUGCACGCUGUUGCAUCAAUCCGUAAUAUGGAUCCAGUGGAACUGUCAGAGAUCAUUUGGAAGAAUACCUGUACCGUGUUUGAUACAUUAGAAUAG